CUCCUUCAUUCAAGUUGUUCUCAGGAUCCUUGCAUAUUUGUGAGAGAACAUGGCUGGCUCGGAGGUCGUACCAUGUCCAAGGACUCUACUACUGCUUAUAUAACUGGGACGACCCUUAGUUUGCUUAGCCCGCCUCGCGUUGCCAAUCUGUUGCACCUACGCGCCAAGGGUGUGUAACAUGUGAAGGGAGCCAGCAUCAUGGCCUCAACCAGUCAAGCAAGCAGCUCCAGUUCCCCGUCGAGCUCGCCGACUCCCAGCUCUUCCGACACCGACGGAAACAACUUCCAACUCUUCGCGAGCAACGGGUCGCCCCCUCUCAUCAUUGCUUUUCUGGCCAUUGGGUUGUUCACUGUUGCGCUGAUAGCGGUCUUUGGGUGGAGGAGGGUUAAUGGAGGUCGAGGUCUUGUGGUGCGCCAGGUCAGGCCUGCGCGGAGGCGAAAGGAGGUGGUGCUGGGCGAUAAACCAGAGCUGUGGGAGUUGUGGACACGAAGAGCGGUGAAAGGCGAGUUGGACGAUUCAGGGUUGGAUUGGGACAAUGUCAUGCCUAUAUCCGCUACGUUGCACUAUUCUUUGUCUUCAAAUUCAAUAGAACCAAAAGAUACCAACGACCACAGCGAGCCACGUAGGCGUUACAACUUCGCGACUCUCCAGAGAUACCUUCAUACUACACGUGUACAAGAGCCCUCUCAAGAGGAGCGAGAGGAAUCACCACCCAAGCCAACUAUGUCAGAUCCAUGGAUGCAGGUCGCAGUAUCCAUAGCCAUGCCCUCGAUGCCCACCCAACGGCCUUCAUCAUCCGAAUCAGAGCUUGAGGCAGACUUUGUAGAAUGCUGUAUAGGCACGACGGAGAUUCCUUUGUGUGAUUCCUUUGUGUGAAGAUAGAUAAGUUGGGCACUUGCAAUUGUAUAUCAGCAACAGGACUGUACCGAUAUUAUUAUUACAGUUGUAUUUCAUUGACACACUAUCCAAUAUGCAGUGCAUAUCGUAUUAUAUUGAGCAGUACCUCUCGGUCUGUAGAUUUAUGUUUGUAGUUGCGACAGGCCUAUCUUAUUUAAAAUACAAACAUAUCUUGCCUUCGAAGUC